AUGACGAGUACAUUGACGGUAAUGUGGUUGUUACAAAGAGCUUUUGUAAUAUUCGCUCUCUCUGCUAGAGGUAAGUUUAUAAAUGACUCUGCAUCACCAAAGAAGAAGAGAAAGACAAAGAAUGUCAGCAAAGAUGAUGAUGGUGAUGAUGGUGAAGAUGAUGAUGAUGAUGGAGAGAAUGAUGGUGAUGGUGAAGAUGAUGAUGAAAAUAAUAAUAAUAAGGGAAAGAAAAAAUCAGCACCCAAAGCAACAACUAAAUCAAGACGUGGAGGAAAAAAAUACUAA